GGGAUUUUGGCGCGAGUGAAAGUGCGGUGGUGUGGCCGAAGACCCCGCACUGCGGCUGCGCCGCCGCGGCCGUCAGUACGCGAAUAAUGCCAGCCACUCGCCUUCACCGACUUCGCCAGUGAUCCUCGAGAUGCCGUGCAAAUAAAUGGUUGCGCAUUUAGUUCUCCACCGUUUCCUACCCCGGACCCGCGACAAUGUGCCCAUGGACAACAGUGGCUCUUGUUUUUGUGUUUGUUUGUUUCGGGGCUGCGAGGGAGAUAAGCUCGCCGGAUAUCGCUGCGCUUGAUAACCAUGUGUCAUCAGGUAACAGAAGCCAGCGGUUUCUCUUCGAUGCCAUCUUCGGAUUGGAGGUUCCACUCCUGGAUGAGCAGAGCGUGGAGGAGGAAGACGAUGACUCCCAGGUCAAGAACUGCUCAUGUGAGUGCGGCAGAGCAAAUCCUCUUCCUAGGAAGAUAGAGUGCAGCGGAUCGAACCAGGAGAACCGCAUCGUGGGCGGCGUGCCGGCAGGGGCCAAUCGCUACCCGUGGAUGGCCAGGAUCGUAUACGAUGGACAGUUUCACUGUGGAGCCUCGCUGCUUACCAAGGAGUAUGUGCUCACGGCUGCGCAUUGCGUGAGGAAACUGAAACGUUCUAAAAUCCGUGUGAUCCUCGGCGACCACGACCAGACGAUCACGACGGAGAGCGCCGCCAUCAUGCGCGCCGUCACCUCCAUCGUGCGCCACCGGAGCUUCGACGCCGACUCCUACAACAACGACAUAGCGCUGCUCAAGCUUCGCAAGCCGGUCACUUUCUCCAAGAUCAUCAAACCCAUAUGUCUGCCGCCAGCUAGUAUAGAACCCUCCGGUAAAGAAGGCAUCGUGGUUGGCUGGGGUCGCACGUCAGAGGGCGGGCAGCUGCCGGCCGUGGUACAGGAGGUGCGCGUGCCCAUCCUAUCGCUCACGCAGUGUCGCGGGAUGAAGUACCGAGCGUCCCGGAUCACUAACAACAUGUUGUGUGCCGGUCGAGCGUCUACCGAUUCCUGCCAGGGUGACAGUGGUGGGCCUCUGCUUUUACAAAAGGGAGACAAAUUCCAGAUUGUUGGUAUAGUGUCGUGGGGAGUUGGUUGCGGAAGGCCGGGGUACCCAGGAGUCUACACGAGAGUCACUCGCUUCCUGCCCUGGCUUCGAGCCAACCUACGGGAUUCCUGUCUCUGCGGAUGGGGCUGUUUACACUGCCGUACCCAAAUCGCGUUGGAUGCGCCGCUCAGUGUCCGUCCACGGGCGACAGCGCCAAGUUCAAGAACAGAGGCGCCCGCAAAACGCGAAUAUUUUAUUUCAAAUUUGAAUUUUUCUUUUUAUUUCAAUUCUUUUGUUUCAAGUGCCAGCAUGUGGAAGUAUAUUUUCCUUUUAGUGUGUGCCGCCGCUUUCACUUAUUCUGAGAAUGAAGUGUCGCGCGAUGCUCGAGGAGUGUUCACGAGGAACUUCUUUGGCGGAGUGUGGGGCAACCGUCCACCCCUCAUGGAGAUCAACCAACCUAGAGCCAUCUGCACUUGCAAAUGUGGAGAACGGAAUGAGGCAGGCCGCAUCGUGGGCGGCAGGGAAGCUGGCGAGUUUCCCUGGAUGGCCAAGCUCACGUACAUCAAGAGGUUCUACUGCGGGGGCAUGCUCAUCAAUGACCGUUACGUGCUCACCGCUGCUCAUUGCGUUAAGGGCUUCAUGUGGUUCAUGAUAAAGGUGACAUUUGGUGAGCACGACCGCUGCAACGCCACGACGCGGCCUGAGACCCGCUUCGUGCUGCGAGCCAUCGUGAACAAGUUCAGCCUCACUAACUUCGACAACGAUAUCGCCCUACUGCGGCUUAACGAGCGCGUGCCUCUGUCGGAGGCCAUCAAGCCUAUCUGCUUGCCUACUAACGAUAAGGAGCUCUACGUCGGAGUGAAGGCCGUCGCCACAGGCUGGGGUACCCUAACGGAGGAAGGCAAGGUGUCGUGUACCCUGCAGGAGGUGGAGUUACCCGUGAUAAGCAACCAGGACUGCCGCAAGACCAAGUACACGGCGUCUAUGAUCACUGACAAUAUGCUGUGUGCCGGGUACCCGGCUACAGGACAGAAGGAUUCUUGCCAGGGUGACAGCGGUGGACCACUUAUCACGGAGAAGACGACCGCGUCGCAAGAGAAACGCUACGAGUUGAUUGGUGUGGUGUCAUGGGGCAACGGUUGCGCGCGCCCGGGUUACCCGGGCGUAUACACGCGUGUCACCAACUAUCUUGGAUGGAUCCGCGAAAACACGAAGGACGCGUGCUACUGCUCCGAUUAGUACAUUAACCCAAUACCUAACACGCGGGCCACGAAAAA